AUGAAUAUGGUCAUGAUGCAUAUGUGGUUCUAUCAAGGGGCUGAAUGAGUCUUCCUCUUCCGUCCCUUCUUAACAACAAAUCAUGGAGAAUACUUUGCUGGACUAGUAGUGACCUUUAUACUUUCAGUGAUGAUCGAGUUCCUCUCUUUUGCAAUGCUUAGUAUUAAAGUUCAAUCUGAAAAGGAAGGGACCAUCAAUCCUAUUGUCGGCCGUAUCCUUAGUGUGUUACUUUAUGGACUCCAGAUGCUGAUCGCACUCGCAGUCAUGCUCCUUGUAAUGACUUUUAACGCCCUAAUCUGUCUAAUGGUCGUCCUUGGAGUUGUUACAGGGUAUGCAAUGUUUGGAUUCUUGCGUUUAGACCUUCAAUCUCAGAUCAAGGACUCUAGUUUCCAUGCUGUCGCUGAGAAAUGCUGUACUUAACUUAUCGGUAUUGAUCCAGACUCACCAAUUUCAACUCAUCUAAUAU